CCAAGCAUCCUUCGACACACAUCCCUGUGUGAAAAGCUCUGAUGUUGAUCCAAGUUUUUCUGGGGCACCUGGUUAUGGCCCUAGGUCUGCUCCUGCUCUACCCUGUCUGUGAGGCCACCUCUCUGGGUGCAGUGGUCAAUGUUGUCCCUCUAGAGAAGAGUGGAGGAAAUAUGGUGAGGGCCCACUACACCGUGAUCUCUGCCCUUCCCUGUCCUACGUUCUCCGGAGUGUGUCAGACAGGGGAAGACUGUGUCGUGCAUACCACCUCGUUACCCUACACAGGACAGAAGCCCGCCUCAGGCUGGUGUGUCCGCCAAUGGCAGAGGACCAUUCCCAGCAACUACAAGGCCAACGUGAAUGUGGGGUCCAACGUGAAUGUGUUUCUGUUCUUGUGGGCUGGACCCUCCAACCAGUCUAACCCAUUGAGACUAAACCAGCCCCCUUACUGCAGCCUGCCUCCUCCUCUCAGGGCUCGUGUGAACUGCCCACGUCACUUCCCACUGACGGUGAAGGACCUGGAUGGGGACACAGUGCUCUGUCGCUUUGCCCAGGCUGACCUUGGAGAAUGCCUUGACUGCCCCCAGUACAACUUUCUGAAGAUGGAGGAGGAGACGUGUACGCUGUUGUACAACGGUAAAUCGUCCGCUGGCCAAUACUCUGUGCAGCUGAUGGUGGAGGACUUUUCACGCCAAACCCAAACCAACAAACCCAAAGCACUCAGUUCCAUCCCACUGCACCUGUCCCUUACAGUGGAGGAGGCGUCCUCAAGCUGCACUGCUGAGCCGGUCACUACAGGACUGACACCAACAGGGGGAGCCACCAUCUACGUUCUGCCCUAUGAGCAGAUCAACGUGUCUGUCACCUUUCAUUCUGACCUAGAGAGCGUGUCAGAAAUAGUGGUGGUUGGUCCCCCUGGCCUCUUCAGGACAGCGCUGGAAACCAAGGGUUCCCUGGCCACCAUGAAUCUCACAUGGGUCCGGAGCCCCAGUAACAUGCCCCCCCCUCUUUUGCCCCUUUGUUUCCUGGCCAACACCAACAGUUUGCAGUCUGAACCCAGAUGUGUGUGGCUUUACCAAAGACAGAUGGAGACCUUUCCCACUGGAACAGAGCUGACAUGUGGGAAGACUGAGAUGCAUCUGGUUCUCCCCAUUUCCACCCUGAAGAACCUGAUUGUGUCAGAGCUCCAGCUCAACCAUCCUUCCUGUAGUGUCACGUCCAACUCCACCCAUGUGAUGGCCCGCAUCUCUCUGACUGGCUGCGGCACUAAGAGAGUGCACUCUGGUUCAGAGAUGGUGUACACCAACACCCUGCGAAGUGUACGCAACACUGUCAUCAGUCGGCAGCCCACCCUGAUUAUGUCACUCGCCUGCCGUUUCCCCGGCGUCGAGGCCAAGGGCCCGCGGUACGCCAUCAACAUGCCGUCGGAGCAGGAGACCUUCGGCAUCAUCAAGUUCUGGUUGGAGUUCUACCGGCCUGGGGAGGGGCCCAUGGCUAACAGAACUAAAAUCCCCAAGUUCCGCCACCUCCUCCCUUUCUCGCAGCGUGUCCGCCGAGAGACGUCGGUCCGCACCGCGAGCAGGCUGGACACACUGGACCUGCAUGUGUUCUCCAACACCUCUCUGGACAGGGCAGAGCUGAUGGUGGGCAAGUGCAUGGAGUCCGAGACAGAAGACAUGGCUGACAGCCACUGUAUCCUGGAUCAGGGGUGUUCGGCUGGAAAUGGAACCCUGGAGAUUCUGACUUCAACCCCCACUGUCAGGGUAUACCGAAUCAACCUGAGCACUAUCAAAACUAAAGGAACCACGAUGUACGUGGAGUGUACAGUGUAUCUCUGUGUCACCACGAGGCCCUCUCAGAAGUGUCCUGAUCAGUGUGACAGGGCCAGCAGCAACCAGGUAAUGGUUGACAACGUGCUGACCAGGAGCUACACCGUCCGCUCCGGCCCUGUUAGCCUCGUACCCACCACCGCUGCACUGGCAACUACCACUGUGGUCCCAGCAACCACCCCCACUGGUACCAUUAGUGCAACAGCAGCACCAACUAAAACAGCCUCAAAUGCUCCGACUGAGGACGCAAACAUGGCAGUGGGCGUGGUCUUGGCUGUCAUUCAUGUCUUACUUCAAGGCCUGCUUCAUCACUGAAGAGAGCAAGGCUUAUAAUUCCAAUGUUGUUAAAUUGUAGCUCUCGUGAAUUACUGCAUACUAAUUUACAUCAUAAGAAGCCAAUGGAAUUAAUGAUAUGACACACUUCUUACAUUGAAUGGGUCGUUUUUCAAGAUAAUUAUUUUGUACAGUAAAACUCCCCAUGGUGGUUUCUACAUUUUCUCUGAGGACAUUGGUAGACUUACAUUGCGUCGAAAUUUGUGCAUGUAAAGCACGAAACACCGAGAAUCUCACUGCUGAAAGGUACUUAUCACAGCGGGUGGCAUUCCUUCUCUUGCUAGAGCAAAAGCGGUAGCUGCUGCGUGACAACCUGGUAGCGAGGAACCUACGGCUUCUAGUCAGUGGCCAACAACGUGAUUUUGAGCCAAUCAGAGGUUCGUCAUUAGUUACCACAGCCACAAAGUCAUGUGAUUUUAAACCUAAACUUAACCACACUGCUAACAUUAUGCCUAACCAUAACUUUAAAUUAAGACCAGAAAGCAAAUGUUUGUUUUCAUUCAUUUUUAUGAUGUAGACAAUUUUGGACUUUGCGGUAACUAGUGGAAACCCAAUCAGAGAGCACCAACCCCCACGUUGGGGAGCCAACAACGGAAAAAAAGGAAAGAGGGCAGUUUUCCGCACAUCCUCGGACGAGCCAGUCACACUUCAUAUGCAAUGUAGGCUAUGGGAUGGAAACUAACUAAGUGCACAGACACAAUACUCAAUUAUUCCCCCAAGCUAGCUAACCAACCACUGUAGUUAGUAUUGACAUUGUAUGUAAAUAACAAUUGAUUCGCUAGUGUCCAUGAAACAGCUGCCUGUGUCAGUUGUGCAGUUAGCUGCCUAACUUUAGCUACCAAACGUUAGCUAGCUAAACUUUUGGCUAUGGGCUGGUACUUUGGGAUUAUGGAGAGUGAAUAAAAUUGUUUCUUCUUCACCUUGCUAGGUAGUUAUCUAGCUGUGGCCAUCUGGCUAGUAGCAACAUAAACACAGAUGUCUGGUAAUCUAGACCAUAAACAAGACGCACGGAUAUGCAUUGCCAAACAAAGCUACUGCCACCUUCUGGGUUGGAGUAUUUUAAAAGUCUGAGUGUGUGACGACUUCCAAGGUCUUUGUUAUGUGAUCACAAAAGAGUGACUGCCGACGCUGUUCAGAGUUUCUAAAUACAGUCGGGAGGCAAAUGUUUGACAAUUUUACCAGGCAAACGUUUGACCAUCUUACUGGUGUGUCCGAGCUUUAGCUAUUUUUAACUGCUGUUUAUAACUAUUUUCGUCCAAAAAUCCUGUUCAAAAUGUAAUCCUGGAAAUGAACAUAAAGUAAGUUUUAAAAUUUGACCUGGUCAUGCAUGCACUGUAAAAAAUAUAAAUAAAAUCUAUUUUCAACUAAUUAUUAA